AUGGACUUUCGUUUGACGGAGCCUCAUCUGAGCCCUCAUCAGCAGACCCUUCUGGCCCGUUUGGGACUGGUCCUGCUGACAGCCAUCGUCGUGCUGGCCACCCUCACCCUGGUGCUGACGCGCAGUCGCCGGACAGUUUCUUUACCCCCGAUGCUGCUGUCCCCUGGCGGACGGAGGCUACGUGCUCCGGCGCAGCUUUGCAACGCGACCACCUGCCGGCUGGCCGCAAAGCUGCUCAAGGAGACGACGGGCUAUGGCGACCCGUGCGACGACUUCUACGCAUACGUCUGCUCGGGGUGGCUGCAACGGCCGUCCUUUGUCAGCGCCGGCCACUCCCAGGUGGCGCUGUUGUCGGCGCAUGCGCGCUCCCUUCUCCGGAGCAUGGCGAAGAACCCUGUUGCGCUAGGCGCCCCCGCAAGGCCGGAGGUUUCACCAUUUCGCGGAGGCGUAGUCAACGGCACGCCUGCCUUGUCCAGCUCGGUGAUGAAGGCAGCCGUUCUGUACGACGAGUGCCUCAAAGCUUCCAUGGACUACCGCGCCGACGCCUUGGUCGCUUUUCUGAAGGACGUGGGUCUUGGAUUCGCCGAAGGUGCCGAUCACCCGGUGACGAGGGCUCUCGAACUGGACUUGUACUACAACGUCAAAGCACUGUUCAACCUCCGACGUCACCCGACGUGGACGCUGCCGGACGGCCGUCCCGUGGUGUCCCUAAGCGCACGCCAGGACUUGCAAAAGUGGCAUCACGACAGAGAUCACAUGAUCCACCACCAGACUUACGCCGCAUUUAUCCGGAGAUACGUCGUCGUCAUGCUUACUCACGAGAACGUGACGGACGCGAGUGCGAAGGGCUUCCGCAGCGUGGACAACAUCGUGCAACGUGUCGUGACCGCGGAGGAGACCGUACUCGCGCUUUCGUCGGCGCUGCCCGAAGAGGACCCGGACCGGUAUUACGCCAUCGUCGACCUUUCGCCGCAGAACGGCUCAUUUCUGUCGACGAUUGCAUCGCCGGAAGCGGAUGUCAUUCGCGAGACAGCGGUCGGACAUCCUGCCAUGCUGGCGUACAAGGACUUCUUGGAAACCAGGAUGUCUGCACCGGAGCUCUCCGGCUACGUCACGUGGGAGGUUGUGCGACAGCUUGGUCCGUUGGCGGAUCAAAAGCUUUCGCACGGCACCGUGGAUGGCAAAUGCUUUGACGCCAUCUACCACUUGAUGCCUUACCCUAGCGUGCUGCCCUACCUGGAGCAACUGGAUUCGUCCAAGGGAUGGGAAGAGGCCGAUCUUGUGUACCGCGACGUCACCGAGACUCUCAUUCGCUUCAUGAGGCGGCGUGGCUUCGAGCUUCCGUACUCCAAUGCCAGCUUCAGCCUGGACCUUCCCAAGGGGAGCAAGUUAGACGCCUUCUAUGGUGAACUCCCGCUGCACGAGUCAUCGCUAAAACAACAGCCUUUCCUUGAGACGUACCUGGCCACACUGUCCCGGAUCCGAAGCAAGGAGAUCUUCAGCAUCGCCCACGGAGACACCGUGUUUAGCUACCCUAUGCCGCCUCCGCAAAGCGGAAAAGCGCAGGUCAGCAGAAACGGGAGAAGUCGCGUGCCGCUAACCUGGUUGCUACCGCCGCUGUUCGGCGCCGACAUGCCUCCCGCGCUCAACGACGGAGGGCUGGGCAUCAACCUAGCGGCGGCGCUGGCCAAGUCGUCCCACCUGGACCGCUCGUGGCUGGGCUGCCUCGCGAACUUCGAGCCUCGAGCUGACCUGCGCGGCCAGGAAUUCGCCCUGGCUCGCCUUACGCUCGUCGCCGAGGUCGUGGAAGAGUUCGUCGACCUGCACUCCGAGCUGGCGAGGCCUCUGGUGUUGCCGGCCUUGGAGUCCAUGAGCGAGGACAAGCUCUUCUUCGUCGGCGCCUGCGUCGGGCUCUGUGCCAAGGGAGACCCCCAGGCGCCCUACAGGUGCAACGUGCCGGCGAGGAACCUGCCUCAUUUCGCGGCCACCUUCGAAUGUCCAGCGGGGUCUUACAUGAACCCCCAACAACGUUGCCCGUACCCCAACAAGACUCUGAGGGAACACUAAGAACGUCUAAUUUAGAACUUCACCCUUACCUGUGUGUUGUAAUACUGCAAAUGCUUCAAGUAUGUUUUUUUAUGUCUGCUUAUUCCUAAUGUUUAUUUUGCAAGGACGCUUUAUCAAGGACGCGCCACUCCUAGGACGGCUCUGAACACGCCUCCCCCCUCCUCUUCCUAUUCCCCAUCAUAGGCCUUCGAGCCAUCCCUCAAUAAAUACACCUUGCCAUCAUCAUCAUCAUCAUCAUCAUCAUCAUCAUCAUCAUCAUCAUCAUCAUCAUCAUCGAUGGGCCGGAAUAGUAACAACAUUGUCCCUACCACAACAGGAUCCUGAGGGGACACUAACCGAGAUAACUGCAACUGUUUAAGGUCUGUUUUUUGGCAUUCAAUUAUUUAUUUAGUUUACCCUUCUUGUAAGGUAUUCUUGAACCCUCUGAUAUUAUUUAAUUGGUGGCUGAUGGAUGAUUACUACGGGGUAGGAACUGAAGGCACGACUUCUAUUUUCAUCAGCAGUCCCGGUGACGUCACGAAUUUCACUCUUUUCCAUUCUUUGAGCCUUUCUCCCUUUUUUUUCACAGAAGCUGUCGAACGUUGUGAGUGCGAGUGCCAGGCUGCUUUAGGAGGAAAUAUAAUCCUUGUUUACCGAUAAACGAACAAACAGCCUUGAGCAGAUGCUCUGAAAACCUAUGACGUCAUCGAGGGCGAUUUCGGGUGCUCCGAGAAGGUGGCGCUAACAUAAUUUAAUUUCUUGCGUCAUUUGUGACCUCGCGGAGCCUCCAGUCAUUACAGGACCAAACAUUUAGGACGAUGAAAAAUAAUAGUGCAAAACGGACGCUUUAUCCCAUGUCAGCACUUUCACAUACUUGCCAGAGAAAAUAAGUAAAAGGUAGCACAACGAAGUGAGCGUUUUCUUCAUAAAAUCAUCUCUACUACUGUUGAACACGCAUACGCACUAAUGGACAGGUCUCGCGGCAACAAAACCCGCAAUUUCAAGGCCAGUAAACAGCCAUGGACAAAUAUAGCAUUGGACGAGUUCUGCACAAUGUUGGGGCGUGAUGUCGAAGGAGUCACUGCUGUUUCAAUAAUUGA